GUUCGAGAGCACUGUGCAGGCUGGCAAACUGCAGGACCUGAUCAACCGGAGUAAGAUGGCGAGGUGUAGAGGACGAUUCGUUUGCCCAGUCAUUCUGUACAAGGGAAAGCAUAUUUGCAGAUCAGCAACACUGGCCGGCUGGGGAGAGCUCUAUGGGCGCACUGGCUACAACUAUAUCUUCUCAGGGGGUUCUGAUGAUGCCUGGGCAGAUGCAGAAGACAUUUCAGAGGAAGAUUCUGCACUUAGGAAUGCAGACUCCCAGCUGUUCGACAAGGUCAGAGGGCACGACAUCAAGCUGCUUCGAUACCUGUCUGUCCGAUAUAUCUGUGACCUGAUGGUGGAAAACAAGAAGGUGAAGUUUGGCUUGAAUGUGACAUCCUCUGAGAAGGUGGACAAAGCUCAACGUUAUGCCGACUUCACGCUUCUCUCCAUCCCAUAUCCAGGCUGUGAAUUUUUUAAGGAGUACAAAGACCGGGAUUAUACAGCUGAAGGUCUCAUAUUUAACUGGAAACAGGAUUACGUCGAUGCUCCACUAAGCAUCCCAGUCUUUCUGACCCAAUCUCUGAAUAUUGAUUGGAGCGAGUACCAGAGCUGGGACCUUGUGCAACAGACACAGAACUACCUGAAGCUGCUGAUCUCCAUCAUCAAUAGUGAUGAUGACAGCGGGCUCCUGGUGCACUGUAUAUCCGGCUGGGAUCGAACGCCUCUCUUCAUCUCCUUAUUGCGCCUCUCCUUAUGGGCUGAUGGGCUGAUCCACGCAUCCCUGGAGCCAUCUGAGAUUCUCUACCUGACAGUGGCCUAUGAUUGGUUUCUCUUUGGGCACAUGUUAGUCGAUCGACUCAGUAAAGGAGAAGAGAUUUUCUUUUUCUGCUUCAAUUUUCUGAAGCACAUCACCUCUGAGGAGUUCUCUGCUCUGAAGUCACAGAGAAGGAAGAGCUUGCCACCUGGCUUCACCCUGGAAGAGAUCUGCAUGCUCAAGCAGAGAGACCGAGGCAGCACCACAAGUCUGAGCAGCGACUUCUCCCUGGGGAUGGAAAGUUCCCCUGGAGCAGCUGGAAGCUUCACCUAUGAAGCAGUGGAGCUGAUGCCAGCAGGAGCACAGGCUCAAGCAGCAUGGAGGAAGAGCUGUGCAUCGUCACCACAAGCCGUGCUCUGGAGCAGGGCACAGCAAUCUGAAGACAGGCUGCCUUCCACAGGGAUGGUCGAAGUCAAGUCCUCCAGCUCCUCCUCAUCAACCCAUUCUGAUAACUUCCUGAGGCUUGGAAGCAGCCCACUGGAAGUGCCUAGAUCCAGAUCGGCGGACCAUUCUUUGCCUGGAUCUUCCGUUUCCACAGACUUUGGCAGCUGGCAGAUGGUGACAGGGUGUGGCAGUAUUCGGGAGCAGGCAAUCCUGAGCGCAGACGCCUCUCUCCCUUGCAGCUUUCCGGAUGAGUUCCCUAGCACUUGCCUGCUGCUGUCAGCGAGUGACCGUGAGUCCCGGCUGGAAGAAGUGCGUUCCGCCUUC